GUCAAGACACACAGUGGCCUCAGAACAUGGCGGCCGAGUACGGGCGGACCGUGUGGGAUGGGCGGGACAAAGAGGCCAAUAACGGACAUGAAGAACUCCUGGUGUUUGGAUAUUCGUGUAAAUUAUUCCGUGAUAAUGAAAAGGCAUUGUAUCUUGAUAAGGGAAAGCAUCUUAUUCCCUGGAUGGGUGAUAGUAAACUGAUGGUUGACAGGUAUGAUGUACGUGGUGCCUUGUAUGACCUAACGGGAGCUGAGUCAGGGGGUGGAGUAGACCGAUGGGAGGGCCUGACUGAAGAGGAGCGAGCAGAAGAAGAAAGGUGUGAUCAUGAGCGCUAUUUAGCUCUCUAUCAUGAUGAAUUACAGUACCAGACUAAUCAAGAUGAGGAAACCAAGCGAUUGAUGGCAGAACUUGGUUCAGAUGUAUAUGCCUACAGCCAAGUAGGUUUCAACUACGAGGGACAAGUGCCAGUGGGUGAGACACCUGUCCAGAUGGAGGAACCUGUGGCAGAACAGCAAGUUCAGAUUCAGAAUGAUGAGCCUGAAGUUAAUGACCAGCAAGAGCCAGACACAAGAUAUUUCCCAGAGGCUGAUGAGGACACAUUUGUUCCUCCUCCUGAACUUAAUGUUCCACAUGGAAUGGUGGUGCCUGAAACAGUAAAACAAAACAAAAUCAUUGUGAAGACUUCCAAGUUCAUUGUUACACAAGGAGGUCAGAUGGAGAUCGUAAUUAAGACGAAGCAGGCCGGCAACCCUAUGUUCAGCUUCCUGUCAUUUGAUAAUCCUCUUAAUGCCUAUUAUAAACACAUGGUGGCAAUGAUAAAAAAUGGCAGAUAUCGUCCGGCUGAUGAAGUUGAGCAGGUUAAGACUAGAAGAGACAGUGGAGGAAAUGGUGGCCAGUACUUGCACCCAAGUCUUUCGGCAGGCAUCAAACCAGACCUUGCUCCAGGAACCCCCAUCCCAGUUCAUAAGCCAUCAGCGGACUGUGCAUAUUCAAAACUAAUCCACAAAAUAAAAGAAAAACAAAAAAACACGGCAGUUGUAGAGCGCAUAGAUUCUCCAGCUCCUUCCUCACCUGGGGUGUCUGUUGUAACCUCAACACCUGUUGCCACAUCCAUUGCCACAUCUGUUGCCACACCCAUUGCUGCAGCUGUUGCUGCACCUGUUGCCACACCAGCAGUAGAAAGUGUUGAUUUGCAAAGUCAGGAUAAAAAGAAAAUCCAGUCAGAUAGCACACCUGUUGGAUCACCAAAAGUUACAAGUUUAGUUGACUAUCCUUCUUUCAAUCGAACCAAAGACUAUGAUUCUGAAGAUGAUUUAGAUGGAAAACCAGAAAGUUCUAUAAGCACUGCAGUAAGCACCAGUGAAUAUAGCAAUAUAAAAUGGCCUCCACCAGAUGUUCAGAUGGUGAUAGACAAGAUGGCAAGCUACAUUAUCAAGAAUGGUGGAGAUUUUGAGGCAAUGGUGCGAAGCCGAGAUGAUCCUAGAUUUAGUUUCCUUAAAAAAGAUCAUGAAUAUUAUCCAUACUACCGCUGCAAGAUCCGUCUCUACAGUGAAGUGUAUGGUGACAUCUUUAAGGAGGGAACAGAGCCGGCGCUGGUACAACGUUUGAUGGGGACUGUAGAUGGCACCCACAAAAUGGAUUUUUUGGGUGUUAGUGAGCAACAGUGCAAUCAUGCCCAGCAAAAGGAAAACAAUAAAGCCAGCACAAACCAAGAAAAAAGUUCCUCGGUGAACAGUAAUGGGGCAACUGCUGGAGGCGGCAAGAAGGAGAAGCGUAGUAACCCCAAGCAGCCCUCGACCAUCAGUUUUUCAAUAAAAUCUCGGGAACAAGAAGUCAACCUGGACCGCCACUCAACCUUUCCUGUGGAGUCCUCGUCAACUGACGAUGAGGAUAUGGAAGAUGAAGAGAGGGAGAGGAGGAGAAUAGAAAGAGAAGAAAGAAGAAGAAAGAGAAAAUUGAAAGAGAAGGAGGAAAGAGAAAGACGUGAGCGGGAGGAAAAAGAGCGGAAAGAGAAAGAAGAGAGAGAAAAGGUGAUGGAAAAGGCAGAGGAAUCAACAGAUGCUUCGGGUGAUAACGAAGAUGUUUAUGACAUUUUUAAAUAUGCACAAGAGAUGGGUAAUGAAGCCGAAACUGCUGAAGCACCCAGUCACAGUGAAAAACACCGUGAAGAUGAACGCCCGAGAGAUGACAGUGUUGGCUCACACCGAGAUGUGUCCCAUGGUGUAUCACCUGGUCCGUCUCAUAACUCGUCCCAGUUCUCUCAACCUGAGAAAAAACAACAGGAGCGAAGAAAGAAAGCAGCCAUGUUCCUCUCUCGCCUUAAGAAAAGUGGUGGAGAGGAUGAAGUUCCUGCUCAACCAGUUUAUGGUCCACAAUUGCCACCCGAAAUUGCUGCUCAGAUGCUUAACUCUGCUUCCCAAUCACCACGUUCUUCCUUGGCGAGCACCAGACACUCCACACCGUCAAGAUCUCGCUCUCAUUCCACCAGUCCUGGCCCUGGAAUCCCUAUGCCUCCUAGAGAGGAGCCAGCCCCUCCACCACCCCCUCCACCUGCUCAAUCUCCCUCACCUCCCAGAGGAACAGAGAUACAUGAAUCAGUCUCUAACAUUAUCCCCAAAAAUAAUUGGGCCUCCAUUCCAGAGCCCCCAGUUGGUACAGAGAUUGGUGAGCGAUCUAAAGCAACAAGUCUGAAAGAACCAACUGUUUUGUCAGGAACCAGUGAGGAGGGACGAAGAAGUGAAAGUUUGGAAAGCAGAAGGAGUAAAUCCCGGCCACUAGAAGUGCCUCACCGGGAAAAAACAAGAAGUCGUAAAAAACAGCGCCAUGGACGGUCAGAAAGCUGUUCCCCAAGUACCCGACGAGAUCGGAAGAAGCGAAAGAGGUCAAGGUCAAGGUCUCGUAGGCACAAGAAACGCCGCUCACGAUCUAGGUCUCCCAAGUCUCAUGGUCGAUCAUCUCACAAGAAGAAACGACGCAAGCAUAGUACGCGACACGACCGAGAGCGUGGGGAAAGAAGAAGUAAAAAAUCCCGAAGACGCAGCAUUUCAUCAUCCUCGUCAGGUUCAUCAGGGCCUUCGUCCUCAUCUUCCCAAUCAUCGUCGCCGUCAGAUAAUGAAGUUCAAGUGAUAGACUCGCCAGCCCACAGUAAAGGAGGUUCUCGUGCUUCCAGUGUGGUCAGUGUUGGGGCUUCUGAUCAUUUACAUGCCAGUUCAUCGGUCAACAGAAUUGCUGAAGAAUGUAUAUCCCUUCCCCCCACACCCCCCUUGCCACCAGCUCCUCCUCCUCCCAUUACUGCUCGUCUUGCUCCUAUUGCAGAGGAGAAGGCAGGAAAUGGUGAUAAUUUGCUUGAUAUGUCAGCAAGUGGAGGAGCACUAAGUGGGGGGGAAGAAGUGAAAGAAGAGAAAAAAGAAGAAAAGAAGCAUCAGUUUAACCCCCAGAGUAGUGCAGCCAUGGCAAAGAUUGCUCUGGGUUUGCGUGCCAAGGUUCAUGCUCUGUUGGAUAAGGAGAGCAAAUUGUGAAGUUCAUCAGGUAUCUGCAGUUUAUAGUAUAGUAUUGUGUCCAGACUCAAUGUGAUAUAGAAUAAAUUUCAUAACAGAUUACAUUUCUUAACAGUUGUUCAUUCAAAAUGCAGUACUUGACUAAAAAUGAAGGAUUUGAUAAUUGAUGCCAGUGUAUGUUUUUUGGUAUUCUAUCAGUUGUAAUGACAGUGUCAUUAUUAUUAUGUUUAUGUAUAUAAUUUUUUCACUCCACAUCAGUAAGUGUACCAUCACUGGUUAGCAAGGUUGAGGAGACUACAGCCUCGGAGAAGAGAAUUAAAGGUCAUUAAUAAAAAAAUGGAGAUAA